AUGGGUGUUACAUUCCGCUGGACACACCUACUCAAUAGUGUUCAAAUCAUACUAUUGUGGAUGUCAACGUCGACAUCUAAAUGGACUGUGGUCUGUGGUGAAACAACAACAUUUCCCAUUUACAAACAGGAGGAGGCAAUACGAGCCGCCAAAAGUCGCGAAGUUCUGCAAUAUAUGAAUUUAAGUGUUAAUCCAUGUGAGGAUUUCUAUGAAUAUGCCUGUGGCAAUUGGCCCAAGUAUCAUUUGCCACCGGCGGGUAAGGAAGAUGGCCAGACAAUCAAGACCAUUUUGGAGGAGAAAAUCGAGGAGGAUCUACACAAUUUACUGGAUGAAAAUGUCACCCUGGAGGAUAGUGCUGCUGCCCGCAGGGUAAAGGUGUUCUAUAAAAGCUGUUUGGACGCCCGUCAGGGUGAGGCAUCGCACCAGGCAUUUCUAAGUGAUUUUAUUAAGAGCAAUGGCGGCUUUCCGGCCAUACCGGGUUCGAAUUGGUUGGCCCAUCAUCACAAUUAUGAUUGGCAACAUGUUGUGGCCAUAUUGCGUUAUAAUUAUGGCCUAAGUAUCCUCAUCGGCAUGGAUGUGGAUAAUAAUUAUCAAACCAUGGAGGAGAACAGUUUGUACAUGCAGGAACCCUCGACAAUGAUACCCCGCUCCUUGUGCAAUGCCAAGACCUCCCAGCUGAUCGAUGUCACCGAUAAGGCAUAUGAUAUGGUGGAACAAGAAGUGGCGGAUAAUCUACGUUUAUGGUUGUCAAUGAAAAAGGAAGAUGCCCUGCAUGUGGCCGCCGAUAUGGUCACCUUUGAACAUGAUCUGUGCAAGGCUAUGUAUAUCCAUUCCAGUGCAGAGGAGGAGGAAGAAUUCAUUGGUAGCCUUAAACCGGAGAAUCGUACCAAAAAUUAUGAACGCAAAACUUUGAAUAAUUUCACUCAGCAAUUCAACAACACCUUGGAUUUCAAUGCCAUUGUUUCGAACAGCUUCGGGGUGGGUGUUACCAAACCGGUCUUUAUGAAAAGUCCGAAAUAUUUUGAACAAUUGAUCCAUGUCAUCGAGGAGACAGAGGAAUACAACAAGACGGUUGUGGCCAAUUAUAUUAUGUAUCGGGCCUUGACCUACUUCAAUUUUCCGCUGAAUGAUACACCACGCAAUCGUCCCGCCUACUGCCUGCAGGUGGUUAAGAAAUAUUUUCCCAAGGUAUUGGGUGAUAUCUAUUAUCGGAAAUAUGCCAAUACCAUGGAUCAGCAUAAGUUGAAUAGGGUGUUCGAACAGCUGAAGAAAAUCAUGGAGGAGUCAUUGAACAAGGAAUGGAUUGAGGAGAGCACCCGCCGCUUGGGUAAGAAACGAUUAUCCCAGUUGUCGUUGCAAUUCCCAAACUAUGAAAAGUUCUCUCUCAAUUUGGAAUUUGUUCGCAAUGAUUUUUGGAAAAAUCUACGCCUGAUAAUGGGUGAGGUGAGGGCCCAUGAAGUGAAUCGUUUAUUUUCUGCCGAAAAACCCAUGCCUACAGAUGAAGUUCAGGCCUACGAAACCCGAAUGGUCUACCGGUCCUAUCAUCAACGCAUCGAUAUUGGCUGGGGGGUGCUACAGGCUCCCUACUACCAGGCAGCCCUGCCGCAUGGCAUGCGUUAUGCCAUGAUUGGCCAGAAGCUGGCUCAAACCUUAGCUACCGGUUUCGAUGAUCUCGGUUGGACAGCCGAUAAUCCAGAUCACAAAAUUUGGGAUACCCACACCGCUGUGGAAUAUUACAAACAGGCCAAUUGUUUUACCGAACAAAUAGGAAAUUACCUUUACAAUGACCCAUUCGGUUUUCAGAAUGCCACCAAAAUAAGGCGUUUGGUAGCACAGAGUGUCGGCCUCAGCACCGCCUUCAAUGCCUAUUUGGAUUGGCUGUUCUAUAAAAAUCCCAGCAACGAUCAUGAAAUGCUUUCCAAGGAGACUUUACCCGAAUUGGAUUUUACCAAUACCCAAUUGUUUUUCAUUGGUUUUGCCCAGGCCCAUUGUGAGUCACGUAAGAAACCGAAGAAAUUGGAUCCGCUGAAAUAUCAACGUAUUAGCCCGUAUAGUAAACAUAGCCUUGCAAGGUAUCAGGUAAAUGGUCCCUUGACAAAUUUUAUAGAAUUUUCACGGGAAUUUCACUGUCCCAUAGGAAGUGAAAUGAAUGUGGCGGAUAAGUGUAUAAUUUAUUGA